UGGACAAGGUCAGAAAUGAGUAUAUCAGAGGGAUAGAUCAGCUUGAGCAAGGGUCAAGGCUGCGAUGGACAUGUGCAGAGGAGGCUUAGUGGACAUAUUGGACAAAGGACACUGAAUAUAGAGCUACCAGGCAGACGAGGAGGUGUGACAGAAGAGGAUGCUAGAGAUGGAGACAGAUGAUCUAUUGUGGUAAACAAACAGAGGAAGAAAUGGAAAGAGACAGGCGACAGAUGGGGAGAGUUUUUGUAGCACGAGGUGAAGUCUUGUAACGACAGUGCUGAGAAACCCGAGUAAAUGGAUUACCACAGUUGGCUGCGGGGUGAGAUGCUUUAUUUUUAACGUGAGAGGAACGGUAGGUAAAGAAAUAUGAUACUAAACACAACCUCAGCCUUCUUGCCUGUGAGGGGUAAGUUGAUCCAGCCGACACACUCGAAAAAAUGAUUCUUUGUCCUCAAUAAACAUGAAGCACUAAUUUUGAGCAGAAUACUACUGAAAUAGAUAAAAUCAAAUGUUUAUUUUGUCAGAUAAUGACUGUAUUAUUUAAAGGUUGGUUGAAAAUAAGAGGAGAAAGCACAAAGGGAGUAACGUUUUUGUUGUUUAGUCCGAGGUAAACAUGUUGCUGAACAUCUUGUUGGACUAGUGCACAGUGACUGUGGUGCUCAUGGUCAGAGCUGGGUUACAUCAAUGCUUAGAUUCAUUCACUGAAUUCCACCUUCAGACCAACUGUAUACUCUGUAGUAUAAAGACAGUCUAAGCAGUAUUCUGUCAGUGUAGAGGAUGGAAAUCAGCCAGUACUCAUGAAACAUCUGCUUGCAUCUUGUUGAAUUCAGCUGUGCACAUUCACAAAGAGCAGCAAACCUAUUCUAUAUUUAAAAUAAUAAAUAUGCUGUUCAUUGUUAUGAUGCAAUAUGAAUUUUAGGAAUUUUAGGAAAAAAAAGUGCUUCUGACAAACCAGAGCAAAAUUUUUGCCGAAGUUGCGACGUAAACGCGAUAAACAGGCAACAAACAAAGCUGAUUUAUAGAUUAGUGGAGAAAACACAAAGAAAUAUAUCUACUCCAAAAAUAAAGCUAGAUUUUUUUGCAAUUAUGAAAAGUCUAUUUUUAUUUACUGUGUGACACUUUAGGUAUAUCCCAACCCCAGUCCCCAGUAAAUAUAUAUAUAUGUAUAUAUACAGCUGAUCACCAACAAUUCAUUUGCUCCUGCAGACUUGUUGCACACUACAACAGACUUGUGCUGUAUUUAAGAAAGCUAAUCUGUAAAUCAGAUUGGGAGCGUCCACAUCAAUCUUCGAUGAAUCAUGUGUUCAAGUGAAAAGCCACCGGACCAUCUGGACCAUCUGGACCAUCUGGCCUUGAAGCCAUGAUUCCUCCUGAUGGAAUGUGACCUGGACUCGGAGUGCAGUGAGGAAGGAAAAGACGGGAGAGGCAUUCGCAGCUCUCUGUCACUGGAAAUCUUUGGCCUGCAGAGGGAGCAGCAUGUUUACUUCUCCAACCAGGAGUACUACAGGAGGCUGGAGGAGCUGAAGAGCAAUCACCUGAGGAACAUGGCUGAGUUGGAGAGGAUGUACAUCAGCCAAGGCAAGGAAAGGCAUGGAGGGGGCGAUGACGCACGUCUGGGAAGAAACAAAGAGGCCAGGCAGCUCCUCAGUGGCCCUGCCAGGAGACUCCAGAGGAUCAAUUCCCAGGAGGAGCUGGACUUCCAGGAGUCAUCAAGUGGCUCGGACCAGUCGGAGCUCUGUGGAGAGGACAACAUGGGGGAGCUGGACUGGACUCUUAGCCAGGAGCAAAUUUUUGAGAGAGACGUGCUGCUGAGCCCAGAGAGGAUGGCAAGCCAGAACCGGUUUCGGUUCCAGCCCAAUACCUCCUGUCCGAAACCGCAGGCAAGAGUGUCCAAUCAAACUGGUGCCAGAAUUCUGCCCAACUCCAAGGUCACUGUUCCCAAACCUUUCCAGAUGAUGCUAAGAGAAGAGGAGAGGAAGAAGCACAAAGUGCGCACACGUUCAGAGAUUGAGCUGGAGAACACGCUGCUGAGGCAGGAGCUUGAAGAGCUCCGAGAAUGCCAGAAAAAGUUCCGGGCGUCACCUGCUCCGGCACACAUACACCUGCCUCUCUAUGAAAUUCUCAGCCGUCGCAAUAGUCAACGGUCAAACAAAAGCAGAAGCAACACCAAGAAUAACAGAAACAUGGAUGCUACAAGCACCCAGACCUCUACUGCACUCUCACCACAGCCUUUUCAGUUUUUGGAGAGAGAAAGGAGGAAGAAGGAGGCCAGGAUUGUGGCAGAGCUUGGAAAGUUUGGUGAGAGAAUGGAGCGACAGAAUUUCAAGGCAAAGCCAAUGCCCACAUCUAUUUAUGGCACCAGACACAGAGAGGGCACCAUGACCACAAGCCGUGGUUCCCACACUCAAAUCUUCUACACAAUGGAAAAAGAAGCUGAGAGCCAAAGUGAUCAAAGCUCAGACCUGGAGCUUGAUAUGCACCAAUCCGACUCCUCUCUCGACUCCUGCAGGUCCCAAAGAAGUCCUUCUUCCAAGCCAAUGAAGAAGCAAAUACAGCUGUCCAUUGAGAUGGUGAAGGGGAGAGAGACCCCUAACACGGAUCCCAGCGGCUGCAACAUCUGCUCGUCUCAACAGCUGGGUGGCUCAGAGCUUCUGCUCAGUAACAAAGGUGUUCUCAGUGUGUGACAAAGUGUUUAAAACUGACAGCAAAAAAGGAGACUAGGAGCAGCUACAUCUACACUGUUUUUGAGUUAGUUUUACAAUGCAGGCAAGUCAACAUGGUUUCUAGUUGCUCUUGAUCAAACAAUAAAACACGGUUAAAGAAA